AUGCCCAAGAACAAGGGAAAAGGAGGAAAGAACCGCAGACGUGGAAAGAACGAGUCCGACCACGAGAAGCGUGAGCUCACCUUCAAGGAGGAUGGCCAAGAAUAUGCCCAAGUCGUAAAGAUGCUCGGCAACGGCCGCCUCGAGGCCCAGUGCUUCGACGGCGUCAAGCGCCUCGCCAACAUCCGCGGCAAGCUCCGCAAGAAGGUCUGGAUCAACCAGGGCGACAUCAUCCUCCUCUCCCUGCGCGAAUACCAGGACGACAAGGGUGACGUCAUCCUCAAGUACACCGCCGACGAAGCCCGCUCCCUCAAGGCCUACGGCGAGCUUCCCGAGUCCGCCAAGAUCAACGAGACGGACACCUACGGCGCCGACGGCGAUGGCGACUGCAACUUUGAGUUUGACGACGACCGCGACAGCGAGGAGAGCGAGGACGAGGCUGCUGGUGGCGCUGGCAAGAAGGAGGUUGACAUUGAUGACAUUUAA